AUGGACUACGUUGUCCUCACCCCCACGGAGCUCACCCUGUGGAGGGAGAAGGCGGCGCCGACGAUACGCAAGGUGACGGACCUGCUGCUGCGCGGCGGCGCUAUUGGGUUCCUGGAGAUGGAGCGAAACCUCCAUCUGGGCUCGGAGGAGAAAGGCAAGGCCGCCACGGGAAAGAGGCGCGUCAACCCUGUGCUGUUCAAGUCGAUUAUGGGCAAGUCCGGGGUACUGCUGACCCCGGAUGAAUAUAGAAAUCUUCGCACGGCCUACUCGGAUGAGGGCGGAUUUCUCGUGGACGAUUUUGUCGCGCUUGUCUGCCCCUUGCGGAGUCUUGGGGCCCGUGAGGCGGGCAUUUUGCGAGACAUGUGUGCGGGUGCCACGCGUGCCACCACCGCCACGUUUGCCUUGAAUGACCUAGUGCAUACGCUCGAGGACGCGCUUUCGUCGAGCGAAGCCGCCGCCGACGAAAGUGGUGACGCGGCACCGAUUUUUGCUUCUGCGCUGAUGGAACUCCAAUUGGUCUUUAACCGCUCGCGCUAUCCGAAGGGGUUUGUGCCGCCGCUGGACGUGAUGAAUGCCUUUGCGGCGAUACUUCUCAACAGUGCGGGUGCCGGCGAGCCACUUUUGAAGUGCCUGGCCGCGGUGAGGCUGUCCCCCGCAACUUCCUCGCCUGCUUCACCUGCGCUCACCCUCAGCCCUGCGGCGACGGUCGACGCAACUCGGCAGCCGCGCGGGUAUGACUACUACACCGACCGCGACAACCGAGAUGAGUGGAUCCGCGGGAGAGAGGAGGCCCCGCCGCGGCCGAUGUACCAGCGCCACCUGCCCGGCUAUCAAGGACACCUGCCCACGUACUCCAGCAAGUUUGGCCGGUCGUUUCACCCGAUUGAGGAGUCGAUGCCGGAGCUCUCACGUCCGAAGGCUCAGCUCGAGCCGGUGCCUGCCGAUCGCUACGGCCCUGCAGUGGAGUUACGGGGCACCUGGGUAAAUCGGCACCACUUUAAACUGGCCUAG